GGGCAGGAACAGUCAGGCUGGGGAAGAAAGCGCUAGAUGAUGCUGGAUGUACUCCAGCCAGGAAAUGGGGCGGAGCUCUUGACAUCAGAGGAAGACAAUUCAUUCCAGGGGAGGAGCCGGGACACCUGUGUAAGACUGAAGGGGAGGAGCUUGUACACCUGUCAAAGACUGAGGGGGAGGAGCCGGUACACCUGUGCAAGACUGAAGGGGAGGAGCCAGUACACCUGCGCAAGACUGAAGGGGAGGAGCCGGUACACCUGUGCAAGACUGAAGGGGAGGAGCCGGUACACCUGUGCAAGACUGAAGGGGAGGAGCCGGUACACCUGUGCAAGACUGAAGGGGAGGAGCCGGUACACCUGUCAAAGACUGAAGAGGAGGAGCCGGGACACCUGUCAAAGACUGAAGGGGAGGAGCCGGUACACCUGUGCAAGACUGAAAGGGAGGAGCCGGCACACCUGUGCAAGACUGAAGGGGAGGAGCUGGGACACCUGUGCAAGACUGGAGGGGAGGAGCCAGUACACCUGUACAAGACUGAAGGGGAGGAGCCGGUACACCUGUCCAAGA